ACCAUUACUUACCACUUAGCAGGGCAGCAGAACGACUGAGGCAAGAACUAAUUGAAUGGCUCCGAAGAAAUUAGGCAUAGCAUGGAAACUGGCAUCGUGGGAGCGCUGGCGCUUUACAGCUCCAGGGUCACCAUUUCGAGCCAAAGCUCAAAUUACCGUGUGUAGAAUUGAACAUGCGCUCACUGUAACCGUUCGGGUUUCCUCCAGGUUCUCUGGUUUCCUCCCAAAAACAUGUCGGUAGGUCAACUGGCUACACUAAAUUGCCCGAAGUGUGUGUGAAUGUGUAUGUGAGCACGCUGUCAUGCCAUGGAGGCCCAUCCAGGAUGUGCUCCCAGCUGGAAAGGUUCUGGAUCUACUGCGACCCUGACGAGAAUAAAGUGCUCACUGGAGACGGAUGAAAGCCUAUCUUACGCAGUUAGAUAUUCAGAGGUAUGGACGUUCAGGUCGAUUCCAAUGCAUUUUGGUAGUAAUGUGAGUUGAUCGCACUUGCAUUCAGGUACUUUUAAGGGUUUUUAUGAUCUAUUCGAGGGACUUAUAAGUUCUAUUACAUGCUAUAAAAGUUUAUAAACAAAUUUGCUAGCAGCGUACGUUUCAACAUGACAUCCUGUGGUAAAAUGGCUGAUCUCAGAGCGGUCAUAUUGUAAUGAGCGAGGAGAAGUGGUGGCUCGGUGGAUAAGGUUGCGAUCCUAGGACUGUCAGAAACCCAACUGCAUGCAAUCGGUGUUUGAUUUGAAUAAAAGCAUUACGGAAAUAAAUGUAGCGAUGUUGACGUUACCUGGUUUGGCAUGUGCUUUUCAAUUACGUCCUUCCACGUUUUCUUCUAAAAUGUUGAUGCAACUUGUUGGCUAAGUGGUUUUUCCGCGCACCUCUUGGGUUGGGGGUUGGAAAUCCCGCCUCAGCCCUGCGUGCUCGAAUUUCGCAUGUUCUCCUCAUGAUUCCGGAGGUUUCCUCCGGGUACUCUGGUUUCCUCCCCAGUCCAAAGACAUGGAUGAUUGGCAUUUCCAGAUUGUCCGUAGUGUGUGAAUGUGUGAUUGUGACUUGUGAUGGGUUGGCACCCCGUCUAAGGUGUCCCCCGAAUUGUGUCUCAAGUCCCCCUGGGAUAGGCUCCCUGCUACCCUAUGUAGUAUUAAGCGUUAUGUUAAAUGGGUCGAUGUUAAUGUUAAUCAUAGGGCACGUAACCGUUAGACUAAGCUAAUUUAUCCACAAGCGUCGAGCUACUUUAACAUUCGUGAUGCACUGACAACAACAGAGUCAACGAAUAACCGAAAAUCCACUAAACGUAUCUCUUCUUUUUUCUUCCCCCCUCUAAAGGGUCAGCCGACAAAUUUAAAAAAAAAAAAAGCGUAAACACCCUGCUGAAAACAAAACAAAAAAACAAUAGAAACCAUCACGGAAAUUCUAAUGGUUUCCACUACAUUUCCCUUACAAACUUAUCAGCUGUAAACCAUUGCCAUUAUUGGUCCUUAAUGGUAUCCACUAGACAUAACAUGCCACCAAUAGCAGGCAACAAAUUACCCACAGGGACCAAUACAGUUUCCAUUAGAACCAUUACAAAUCCUGUAUUUCAUCUACUUCUCCUUCAGGGGAAAUGUGUAGCUCAGGUUUGAUCACUGCUAUCAUCUGCUGUUAAUUUCCAUCUCCAACCCCCCAUGCGCUCGGGUUUAUUACAGGAAAAGUUUGCCAAUUCUUCUGAUGAACAAAUCUGACUACGUCGAGCUGUGUAAGUGCAAGACAAGACGCCCGCUGGAUUUUCUCCACGGGGUUUUUUUUUGGUUUUUUUUUGCACAUACUGUUUUACUAGUAGGAUAACGUGUAUGGGUUUUAGGACAUAACCCGAUGUUAAACUCCCCCCAUUUCCCGACCCACCUCAGGCCCACAUGGCCGGGCUUCUCGCUUCCUGUCCAGGCGGAUCACCUCGCCAGUUCCAGAUGGAGAAGAUUAAUGCGCACGUUCCGGCGGUGUAAGGAUCCUGUCCGUGUGGGAUUGUAAUCUUUUUCUUUUUCUUUUCAAUAACUUGGUGCAAAAUGAAGUGAAUAUGGUGGCGCUGAGAAAGCUGGGGUUUAAUAAUGUACACUGUGAUUUACUUCUACUUCUAAACCUACUAACAGGGGGUGAAACCACGGCGGUGUCGGCACGUUUAUUGAGCUGACCACUGAAGUCAUGAGGGCUUCAUCCUCACGCUUAUCCAGCUUUUCUUCCAGAGACUCUCUAUGGAGCCGGAUGCCGGACCAGAUCUCCGUGUCCGAGUUUCUGUCGGAAACCACAGAGGAUUACAACUCCCCGACCACCUCGAGCUUCACCACCCGCUUACAGAGCUGCAGGAACACGGUCAGCGUGCUGGAGGAGGUAAGGGCCUCGAUCAUCUCUGCUCUUCACACCCUGCCUUACUGCACAACGACGGAAAGCCGGCGCUGGAUCAGGACCGAACGGCUCUACAGAAGGUGAAGAAGUCAGUCAAAGCAAUCUACAACUCGGGGCAAGAGCAUGUGCAGAAUGAGGAGAAUUACGGACAGGCUCUGGACAAGUUCGGGAGUAACUUCAUGAGCCGGGACAGCUCGGACCUGGGGGCCGCCUUCAUCAAGUUCUCCGGUCUGGUGAAAGAGCUUGCAGCUCUGCUCAAAAACCUGCUCCAGAGCCUCAGCCACAAUGUGAUCUUCACCCUGGACUCUCUGCUGAAAGGCGACCUGAAAGGAGUGAAAGGGGAUCUCAAAAAACCCUUCGACAAAGCCUGGAAAGACUACGAGGCAAAGUUUACGAAGAUCGAGAAGGAGAAGCGAGAGCACGCCAAACAGCACGGGAUGAUCCGCACGGAGAUCACCGGGGCCGAGAUAGCCGAGGAGAUGGAGAAAGAGCGCAGGAUCUUUCAGCUACAGAUGUGUGAAUAUCUGAUCAAAGUGAAUGAGAUAAAGACUAAGAAGGGCGUGGACCUCCUCCAGAACCUCAUCAAGUAUUAUCACGCACAGUGCAACUUUUUCCAGGACGGCCUGAAAACCGCUGACAAGAUGAAGCAGUAUAUCGAGAAAUUAGCAGCUGAUCUCUAUAAUAUAAAGCAAACGCAGGAUGAGGAGAAGAAACAGCUAACCGCUCUCCGAGACCUGAUCAAAUCCUCCUUACAGCUAGACCAGAAAGAGGACUCACAGAGCAAGCAGAGUGGAUACAGUAUGCAUCAGCUUCAGGGCAAUAAGGAGUUUGGCAGUGAGAAGAAGGGCUAUCUGAUGAAGAAGAGUGAUGGGCUGCGGAAGGUGUGGCAGAGGAGGAAGUGUUCAGUGAAGGGUGGCAUCCUGACCAUUUCUCAUGCCACGUCCAACCGACAGCCAGUUAGACUUAACCUGCUUACCUGUCAGGUUAAACCGGGCGAGGAUAAGAAGUGCUUCGACCUAAUCUCCCAUAAUCGCACGUAUCAUUUCCAGGCAGAAGAUGAGCAGGAGUUUGUGAUAUGGAUAUCCGUGCUGACUAACAGUAAGGAGGAGGCUCUGAACAUGGCAUUCCGAGGUGAACAGAGUGCUGGGGAUGACAGUCUGGAGGAUCUGAGCAAAGCCAUCAUCGAGGACGUGCUACGCAUACCUGGCAACGAGGUGUGCUGCGACUGCGGAGCGCCAGAGCCUAAAUGGUUGUCUACUAACCUGGGCAUCCUGACCUGUAUCGAGUGUUCAGGGAUCCACAGAGAGAUGGGCGUCCAUAUUUCACGCAUACAGUCCAUGGAAUUGGACAAACUAGGCACCUCUGAACUCUUGCUGGCCAAGAAUAUAGGAAACAGUAGUUUUAAUGAAAUCCUGGAGGGGAACCUGCCAAGCCCCUCGCCAAAGCUUACGCCAUCCAGUGACAUGACCGAGAGGAAGGAGUUCAUCAAUGCCAAGUACGUAGAGCAUCGGUUUGCACGGCGCACGGCGACCACAGCCACGGCGAGGCAAGGCGACCUGUAUGAGGCGGUCAGGACUCGAGACUUGCUGGGGCUCGUGCAGCUCCAUGCUGAUGGAGUGGAGCUACUGGAACCAUUCCCCGAGGCAAGACAGGAUCCCGGGGAGACGGCUUUGCACUUCGCUGUACGGACUUCAGACCAGACCUCGCUGCCCUUGGUCGAUUUCCUUGUGCAAAACAGUGGCUCUCUGGACAGGCAGACGGAGAGCGGGAACACUGCACUCCAUUACUGCUGUACCUACGAGAAGCCGGAGUGUGUCAAGCUGUUACUCAGGGGCAAGCCACUGAUCGAUAUAGUCAAUCAGAACGGAGAGACGGCCUUGGACAUCGCAAGGAGGUUAAAAAACACACAGUGUGAGGAACCUCUGGUGGAGGCAGCGGCUGGCAAGUUCAACCCUCACGUCCAUGUGGAGUACGACUGGAAUUUGCGGCUGGAGGAGAUCGACGAGAGUGAUGAUGAUCUGGAUGAUAAGCAGCCGAGUCCGGUGAAGAAGGAGCGCUCGCCUCGACCGCAGAGCUUCUGCCACUCGUCCAGCGUGUCUCCUCAGGAGAAGCUCUCGCUGCCUGGCUACUUGAGCCACAGGGACAAGCAGCGGCUCUCGUAUGGCGCCUUCGCCAACCCCGUCUACAGCACGUCCAUGGAAACGCCCGCGUCGCCUGGGGCCGACACGCCCACUCCUGCCUCCAAGAGCAGUGCCAAAGGUACAACUCCCUCCACUGGCCCUCCCACCUCUCUCCCGCUGGGUUCUCAGCCAUGUACAAGUGGCAGCUCCACUCUUUCUAAAAAGAGGGCUCCUCCACCUCCUCCUGGAGGCCAUAAACGUACGCUCUCAGACCCCCCCAGCCCCGUCCUCCAGGGACCCCAGAGCAAAGGGAGUGAUUUAACACCUCCGCCUACUAACAGGACCUCGCCAGCUAACAAAUUUGAAGGAAUUCAGCAGCAGCAAAGCACUACUUCCAGUAAUACAAAAUCAACACUUGGUCCAAGAGUCUUACCCAAACUACCUCAAAAAGUGGCAUUAAGAAAGACUCUAGGCACGGCCCCUUCAAUGGACAAACCCAAUCAGGGCCCUGAGGUCCUGCAGAAACCUCCCCAGGUGAUGGACAUGCCAACCAGAGACACCAUCACCAGACCCACAGAGCCUCCACCCAAAAUCCCACAGGCAGCUGAGAGGCCCCAACCCGCUGAGAUUCCUCCCAAACCACACGUCCUGGAGCUUCCCCCUAAACCCCAGCUCUCGGAUCUUCCCCCAAAACCACAGCUAUCAGAAUUACCCCCCAAACCCCAGCUGUCUGAUUUGCCCCCUAAACCCCAACUUAAGGAUCUGCCACCUAAGCCACAGCUGUCGGAUCUCGUCUCAAAAGUCCCAGCAUCCACAGCUACAGAGACGCCACAAAAACAGUCGACACUAGAAGAGACUGCUCCAAAGGUGCAGCUGGCAGAGGCUCAAACUCCAAGCCAGCAUUUAGAGCUUUCGCCCAGGCAGGCAAGUGAGGACACCAACGGUGCGCCAGCAGGUGUCGUAGAGAUGCCAGUCCCUCUGCCACGCAAAAUAAACACGGGGAAGAGCAAAAUCAAGAGGGUAAAGACCAUCUACGAUUGCCAAGCAGACAACGAUGAUGAGCUGACGUUUACUGAAGGAGAAGUGAUCAUCGUUACAGGAGAAGAAGACCAAGAGUGGUGGAUCGGACACAUAGAAGGUCAGCCGGACAGGAAAGGGGUCUUCCCUAUGUCCUUUGUGCAGAUUUUGUCCGACUGACAUUGUGACUGGCAGGUGUGAGGCUGCCCCUGUAGCACAAGCUUCACCCCAUUAGCCUCUCACCAGACUUUGGACUCCGCCUCUCUGUAUAGCUGCUGUAACCCAAACAAAUCUCAAGAAUCCAAAAGGAAAAAAAACAAAAAAAACAACUAUCAUAUCGAAUCCAGACUCUCGGAAACAUGAAGGGUGAACCGAGUAAAAAGUGUGUGUUGUUAACAAACUGACGUUUUCUUGCCUACCAGUAUUACCGUAGCCAUGGCGGCCCAGCAUGCUAACCUGGGUAUGCAGUAGCUAUCCUCGGAAUUUAGCACUUAACAAUUUCUCAGUGUAUGCUGUAACGUUGUGUAUGUGUGCACAUAUGGAAUUUAUAUGUAUGUCCAUAUUAAGUGUCUCUGUACAUAUAUAUGCACAAAUGUAAGUGUAUAUUUAUGUACUUAUGUUAUGUAGGAUGUAAGUGUGCAAAAGUAUGUUAACCCCUGCUUGCUUCAGGAGCCGGACUGACUCCUAGACAUUUUUUUUUUUUUUUAAUGUCAUUUUCAUUCGUCUCUCGAAUUCCGGGAAGGACUGAGACGGACAAAACGAGAGAAUUAAAUGAAGGUUUCACUGAAUAUUAUAACAGUGUUGUCCUGGAAUAUAGUGGCACGAUAACCAGGGAUGAAAACUUUUAAUAGUUUCAAGCCUCUAAGCAUCUCAUCAUCUAUGCAUAUAAGGUUUAUCAAGUUAGGCUGGAUUGCUUGCUCGUCAUUAUAUGUUGUACUGAAAAGGAAAUCAAAAAAACAAAACAAAAAAAACAACCAAACAAUAACCACAUUCGUCUUCUAUCUAUACAGUACCAUGUUUAAAGACGCCUGUUCCGGACGUGGUUUAAUUGGUGGUUAGUUGUAGUCCAUGCCACUUGGUAACUAUCCAUGCAUCUCCUCAGAGCUACUUAAUGCCAGAUCUGAUAUCACAAAGCCCUUGGAACACGUCCUUACCCAUAGGAUCAUUAUUUAAGGCAGACGGAUCCUAGUAAAACAAUCCCCCAGGUCCUACCAUUCCCCUUAGAACGCAUUGCCAUCAGAACGUACAUCGACCAGCAUUGGCAUUACAGGUUCACGAUGCUCAUUUAUUUGGUCUACAUAGAAAUAACUCUGGAACUAUGGAGUUUUGUUUGUAGGUUAUUUGUAUGUUUUGGUUUUUAUUUGAAUAUGAAUUCAGGGGAAGAGAGCAAUGAGUGACGGGCAGUACCACGGCUCCGAAUGACCUUAAUGCUGCCUCUGACUUUUCCUUAACCAGGGAGACUUGAGCUUUUUAGUUUUUUUUUUUUUUUUUUUUGCAUUAACAGAAGAAUAUGUAUUAGCAAAUGCUUCCUAAUUUGUUGAUAGUAUUAGCCACUUAUAGGGCUGCAGUGUGUCCGUAUGAAAAGAGUGUAUAGAAAAUAAAAUGAAUAUUCAUUUAUUUUAGAAUGUGUGACAAAUUGCAUUCGCUGUAACUGGGGUAAACCACGAUGCAAGAUUUCAGCACAAGCAAAAACAGCAGUGUUUCAUGGAGUAACAGACCUACCUAUGUGAAGCCUGUGGAACUGAGUUCCUGUUACACCCGUUCAUGUAUUUUGUGUACAUUUAAACUCUCAAUGAGCCUGUUGUUGGACCAAAUGUGUGAAAUUCAUGUUUCGAUAGAACACACUUCAUCUAGAAGUGCCAUCUUGACUAGUCAGGAACUGGUGAUAGACUCUUGUCUGCUAAUAUUUGGAAGCAGUCAAAUGGCGAAUUUCACAAAGAACUGGAUCUGAUCCUAAUGUUAACAUAAAUAAAUAAAUAAAUAAAUAAAUAAAUAAAUUAGGAUAGAUUUACCACUCAUUUCUCAUUUGUUUUUCGUCUGUGUUUUGCUGCACUGUAUGUUUAGUCCCGAGACUCUCUCUGAUAUCAAGUUUCAUUUAGAAAUAAAUAUUUUACGUUGAAACGAA